GUGAUCUUUGCCAGCCCAGCCCCUGCCAAUUCUCAUUAGCAUCCAUUGCCUGUCCCGGAUCUCACGGUUUUCUAGGAUCUGCCUCUGGGCACCUGUUGUCUCUGUAGAUCAUGUGUGCUGAACUGGCUUGGAGAAUUUGAAAUCCACGAUAAGUUUCCUGAUCAGCAGGGCGAUAGGCAAUAUUAGAAGUUACUUGCUGAGAGUGCUGGCCCCCAGCAGCUGGAUUGAAGGUAGAAGAAAUGAAUUCUGCAGAUACACUUGAUGAUGAAGAUACUUUUAAAAUAUUGGUUGCAACAGACAUUCAUCUUGGAUUUAUGGAAAAAGAUGCUGUCCGAGGAAAUGAUACAUUUGUAACAUUGGAUGAAAUUUUGAGACUUGCCCAGGAAAAUGAAGUGGAUUUUAUUUUGUUAGGUGGUGAUCUUUUUCAUGAAAACAAACCAUCGAGAAAAACAUUACAUACUUGUCUGGAAUUAUUAAGAAAAUACUGUAUGGGUGAUCGUCCAGUACAAUUUGAAAUUCUUAGUGAUCAGUCAGUCAACUUUGGUUUUAGUAAGUUUCCAUGGGUGAACUACCAAGAUGGCAAUCUCAACAUUUCUAUUCCAGUUUUUAGUGUUCAUGGCAAUCAUGAUGAUCCCACAGGGGCAGAUGCGCUCUGUGCAUUGGAUAUUUUGAGUUGUGCAGGAUUGGUGAAUCACUUUGGACGUUCAAUGUCUGUAGAAAAGAUAGACAUUAGUCCUAUUUUGCUUCGAAAAGGCAACACAAAAAUUGCUCUCUAUGGAUUAGGAUCUAUUCCAGAUGAAAGGUUGUAUCGAAUGUUUGUCAAUAAACAAGUAACAAUGUUGAGACCAAGGGAAGAAGAGAAUAGUUGGUUUAAUUUGUUUGUGAUUCAUCAAAACAGAAGUAAACACGGAGCCUCGAACUACAUUCCAGAACAGUUUUUGGAUGACUUCAUUGAUCUUGUUAUUUGGGGUCAUGAACAUGAGUGUAAAAUAGCACCAACCAAAAACGAGCAGCAGCUCUUCUAUGUUUCACAGCCUGGAAGUUCAGUGGUUACUUCUCUUUCCCCAGGAGAGGCUAUAAAAAAACAUGUUGGCUUACUGCGCGUUAAGGGGAGAAAGAUGAAUAUGCAAAAAAUUCCUCUAAGGACAGUACGACAGUUUUUCAUAGAGGAUAUUGUACUUGCUGAUCAUCCAAAUAUUUUUAAUCCAAAUAGUCUUAAAGUAACCCAAGCAAUACAAAAUUUUUGUUUGGAGAAGGUUGAAGAAAUGCUUGAAAAUGCUGAAAGAGAACGUCUGGGAAAUCCCCGGCAGCCAGAAAAACCUCUCAUUAGAUUAAGAGUUGACUAUACAGGAGGAUUUGAACCUUUUAGUGUUCUCCGCUUCAGCCAGAAGUUUGUGGAUCGGAUAGCUAACCCAAAAGAUGUUAUUCAUUUUUUCAGACAGAGAGAGCAAAAGGAAAAAACAGGAGAAGAGAUCAACUUUGGGGAGUUAAUCACAAAACCUCCUUCAGAAGGACCUACUAUAAGGGUAGAAGAUCUUGUGAAACAGUAUUUUCAGACUGCAGAGAAAAAACUGCAACUUUCCCUUCUAACAGAGCGGGGGAUGGGUGAAGCAGUACAAGAGUUUGUGGACAAAGAAGAGAAGGAUGCCAUAGAGGAACUGGUAAAAUACCAGUUGGAAAAAACACAGAGAUUUCUUAAAGAACGUCACAUUGAUGCAGCAGAAGAUAAAAUUGAUGAAGAGGUACGUCAUUUCAGAGAGAGAAGAAAAAAGAAUACUACUGAGGAGGAAGAAGAGGUUCGAGAGGCAAUGAACAGGGCCAGAGCCCACAGAGCCCAGUCAGAAGAUUUAUCUUCAGAAUUUAGUGUCGAUGACCUUGCAAGCAUAGAUAUGGCAGAACAAAUGGCCAAUGAUUCAGAUGAAAGCAUUUCAGCAACAUCCAAUAAAGGAAGAGGCCGAGGGAGAGGUCGAAGAGGUGGAAGAGGACAGAAUUCAGCAGCAAGAGGGGGUGCUCGCAGAGGAAGAGGAAGCACUCAGGAGACAUCUGUUCGAAGCCGGGGUUCUAAAGCCUUUUCAUCUUCACCAACAAAAAACAUGUCUAUCAUUGAUGCCUUUAAAUCUGCACGACAACAACCUACCCGUAGUGCCACCAGUAAGAAUUAUUCAGAGGUUAUCGAAGAUGAUGAUUCUGACAUGGAAGAUGACUUUUUUCCCACUACUUCCAAAGUAGAUAAAAAGUUCUCAAGCAUUUCAUCUAGCAGACAAAGUUCCCAGAGCCAGAUAGCUAAAGGAGUUGAAUUUGAAUCAGAUGAGGAUGAUGAUGAUCCCUUUAUGAACAUGAAUGCAUCAAGAAGAAAUAGAAGAUAAUUUCUGUUAGCUUUUUGAAUUUAAUGACACGUUGAAAUGCACAGGAUUCAUGAAACAGUCAGAAAACACUGCAGAGAUUUACAGUUGAAUAUAUUUCUUAAGAACAACUUGUUUUGUUAAAUACUUUCUUUUAAAAUUGCCUGUGCUUCAGUUGGCAGCAAUGGAAUAUCUUGAAGUAAAAGGAUGAUUAUUAAUUAAAGAGACUAGGCUGUAAGAGUCUACAUUUUUGAGUGCUUCCUGAUUAUGGUUCAAAGAUUUUAAUUUAUCAGACUUUGCAAACCUUUCCUUGCAGCUCCAGUAUAGUUAACAGCAUUGUUCUUUAAUGUUGUUAUCAGGAUUUUACCACUCUCUGGGAAUGCAGUAACUCAUAAAAUAUAUGACAACAUUACCAUAUAUAUGUAUAUGGAUUGAUGUGUUUGAGAAUAGCCUUACUUCUUGGAAUGUUGAUUGAGAGAAGGAAGAAUAAAAAUAUCUAUCAAUCAGCAUUGCUUUUCUGUGAAGCAAUAAAAAAAAUAUGUUACAACCACCAGAUGUAACUAUAGUCUGGGGAAACUAGUUUAUAAGAUUUGUUUUCAUAAUCCACUUUAAAUUAGUUUAUCAGUAUCUUGCUAGUAAAAUCAAAUAGGCCAACAAACAAUAAAAACCAGAGUCCAGGUUCCAGCUCUUUUUUGGAUUGUCUUUAUUUUCUUUUUUGUUGUUGUUACACUCUGUCACCACUUAGUGUUAAUUAAUGUUUUUCACAUAAUUUCAGUUCAAUUCAACCAACAUUUAUUUAGCAUCUACUUUGCACAGCACUGUAUAAGCUGCUAGAACACAAACAAUUUUGUUUUGUUUUGUUUUUUUCGUGAGGCAAUUGGGGUUAAGUGACUUGCCCAGGGUCACACAGCUAGUAAGUGUCAAGGGUCUGAGGUUGGAUUUGAACUCAGGUCCUCCUGAAUCCAGGGCCGGUGCUUUAACCACUGCGCCAUCUAGCUGCCCCGAACACAAACAAUUUUAACAGUCUCUUCCUUCAUGAAAUUUACAUGUGGGGCGGGUGCCACAAGUAACACUUAAAAGAUCAAUGGUUCCAUCAGAAUAGGUACCUCUUUAUUUGUUUUUGUUCUUGUUUUAUUUUUGGUGAGGCAAUUGGAGUUAAGUGACUUGCCUAGGGUCACACAGCUAGUAAGUGUUAAGUGUCUGAGGCCAGAUUUGAACUCAGGUCCUCCUGACUCCAGGACCGGUGCUCUAUCCACUGUGCCACCUAGCUGCCCCGUACCUCUUUACUUUAAUGCAAAUUGUCAUCCCUCCAAACCUCAGCCAAUGGCCUUAAUAAGUAGCUGUGAUCAGUAUUCAUCACUUGGUCCCCAGACAUCUGGUGAUGAACCUCUCUGAUAUACAGUCAAUAACUAGACUCAUAAUUGAAGCCUUUUCAGCUUGCUAGAAGCUUUCAGAGUUUGUGCUCCAUUGAUAGAACAUGACAUUACUUCCACAAUAUAAUGGAAUAGGACUUUAGUGGAAACCACAUAACUAUGAUGCAAAAUAAUAUGUAUGUCCAUCAUAGAGAUGCAAACUUAGUGAAGAUGGAGAGAGGAAAGAUGAAAGAUUAAAUCUAAAUGCUGACACUAGAAUAUGCAACAAACUUAUUUUGUCACAAUUAUGCAGGGAAUUUGAUAUCUGCUUCAGUAGGAAAAAAUCUUAAAAAUACCGACUGAGUAUUAAUAAUUAUUUACAUUUUCCCCUAUCCUAAUUUCUAAUACUUUCUUUUUUUGAUGUAUCAUGCAUUUGCUGUAUAUUUCUAGGAGAAAAAGAUUAAAAAUUUUUAAGAAAAUAAAAAAUGUACAGGUCAAAAUAUUCUGUUUGUCAGACAAUUACAGUUCAG